GUGCGUGUGUGUGUGUGCGCCGGGUUUAAGAAAGAACAACAACUCCGGGUUAUUUUUUGUUUGGCCGUCAUUGUUCUUCUCUGGCUGAGGCACAUCAGCCAAUGAGAAAGAAGAGCGGGAGAAGAAAAACAUGGAGGACAAGUAAAUCAGAUCUGUUGCAGUCGCUGGUGUAAAAUCCAGAUAAAGUGUAUUUACGAAACCUUCUCCACGGGUUAUUGUUGAACGAAAAUCAAGACGUUGAAGUGAAAUGUCACUGAGUGCCUCGUGUGGCUCGGCCCGUCAGAAAAGAAGUCUUUCAAGCCUUCUUGAUAGUCACUCUCUGAAGAGGCCAAAGCCUCUGAGAGAUGGUCAGCGGCUGCAGGAGGCAGCCAUCCAGUUGUUGGAGCAGCAGCAGGAUCUCUGCAGCCUGUUCAAAGAGAUUGGCACAAGACAUGAUCCAAGCAAUCCAAUCAACAGCACCGGAGAGGAGCAAAGGAAGGAAGUCUCUGAAGGCAUCUCAUCAGAUGUUGAAGGAUCACUUUUGGUGUUUGGGUUGAGACGCCAAGCUCGGCAGCUUGCUGUGCCGCUGGCAACACUUUCAGUGAAGUUGGUGCUGGAGAGGCUGAGGGAGAUCACUGGAAGUGAGGACAAUGACCGGGAGAUGCUCACCGCGCCCCAAAGUGUCAAGCUGUGUGCCCUGCUGGAGUCUGCCAAAGAGCUGUUGACACAUGGAUGCCUCUGCCCCAAGCUACUUUGGCAGGAAUACAGAAAGUAUCAUAAACUACCCAAGCUGGAUGUUGUGUACCAACUUCACUUGAACGAUGUCCUCACAUUAAAGGAUAUUUUAAAAAGCGAUGAAGGUGUGAGGUUGUGGUUGGUCCCACAAUUGAAGGCUCUGUGCAGUUGGACACCUCCACAGGAAGACAAAGAAACCAUGCAGGCUCAGCAGAAAGUGAUGUCAGGUAUUGUAGGUUUGCUGGUCAGCUUUGGCUUCCAGUCGAGUCAGGAGCCAGCAGCAAUGGAGAAGAGGGACUUUCUGCUCUGCACUUCCGCUUUAGAUGCCAUGCUGUUCUGGUUUCUGGACACUGUUGAUACAACUUCAACACAGAAAUUAUGUGAAACUGCCACAGAUAGAUGGUGUCAGCUGUUUGCUGACGUUUCAACAUACCCAGACGUCAAUCAGCGCUUCUUCAUGCACUCACUUACACAGACGCUCACCUAUAAGCCUCGCCUUACAGUGUCAGAUGCAAUUAGUCUGCAGAACAAAUGGACCUUUGAAAAAGCCAGUCGGUUGCUCACCUCCCUUUUUCGCAAGCUGUCGGUGAUCUUCAGUGUGAAUCAGCUGCUGCGACACCUUCAGCAGGUUUUAGAAACCCACGAGGUCAACUGGAAACACGUGCUGUGCUUUCUCUCAACACUGCUGGUGUACAACCCUUCUGCACAGCCCAGUCUUAGAGAGCUUCUGUCCCGACUGCUGACUUCUGCAUUUGAAGGUUAUGACUUGGAGAGCAUGAUAACUGCCUUCUUGUUGGCACGACAGGGGGCGCUGCAGGGGCCUGCCAUUUUUCCCUCCUACUGCGACUGGUUCAAGGAGUGUUUUGGUGGGGCCAGUGGUUUCCACGCAACCAGCAAGAAAUCUUUGGUGUUCUUGCUCAAAUUCCUGUCUGACUUGGUGCCCUUUGAACCCCCACAGUACCUCAAGGUGCACAUCCUCCAUCCCCCAUAUGUACCUGUGAAAUACCGCAGCCUCCUGAUGGAGUAUGUUUCCCUGGCUAAGACCAGACUGGCUGACCUCAAGGAGUCUGUGGAGGAGAUGGGUCUUUAUGGAGACGUUUCUGGUGCUGAAGCUGCACCCGUGCAGUGCCAGGCUGUCCAGGAUGUAGAUAAAGCUGUAUCUCUUUUUGAGAGUACAGGGAGACUCUCUGCCACAGUCAUGGAGGCCAGUAUUUUCCGUCGGUCAUAUUUCCUCACAAGGUUCCUUCCUACUCUGCUAAAGCCCAAAGUGCUUCCUGUGAAAGCAGAUGCUCAGAUGAGUUUCAUCGAGGCCCUAAAAAAGGCAGAUAAGAUUCCUGCUGCCCAGUAUUCAGCAUACGUGGGCUCCUGCCAGAGACUAAGACAGCAAGAGAGGAAUGCAGUGCGUGUGGACAACCAUGACCAUCCUUUGCAGCUCCUAGAAGUUCAGCUGCAGGAGCUCGUGGAGCAUGUUGUUGAUGGAAGUGAAGGAGACAUGUCAGCCCAAUUGUCCAAGGUUUCUCACACUUUGGGCUUCAUUUUUCCUGGUCUACCCACUGACGCCUUGGAAAAGGAAGUCAUCCAACUUCAAACUGGCACACCUCAGUUUUCAGAGCUCCACAUGAAGGUUGUCAACGUGAUUCUCAGACGGUUUUGCCAGUGCAUUUUAGAUUCUUCUCAAGUGCUAUCCCCUAAUAAACAAAUGACGUGGGCUUCCAGGUUUGUGAGUGUAUUCGCUUGUAACAUACAGCUCCUCUCCUGCCUUCUACACAGACUUUGGGAUCUACUCCAUAACCAGGGCUCCUUGCUGAGUGGCCCACACUUGCUGGGUCUUGCAGCUUUUGUUGUCCACCUCCAUGCUUCCACGUUGCAAAGUCCUUUAGUUCAUCUGGCAUCACUGUGCCCAGCCAAGCCAGUACCCAUCUCAGAGGCCCUUAGCUCAGCACUGGUGUGCAGCACACAAACUAAUAUGCUGUUCUGUGUCAGAUUCUGCAUGGCUGCUGUGAGCUACGGGAUCUGUAGAGGUGAUUCGUUGACUCAGCCGCAGAAAGACUUGAUUCCCAGCAGCUUCUACAAGAAGCUUCAGUACCUUAUCCCAAGACUGUUACCUGAAGCUAGAAGGACUGCUGGAAGUAAAGAGGCUGGAAUUCAGGAGACGGACAGUUUUGGGCUGUGGAGCAAUGCCAAAGACAGCAGCAGCCAUUGGAAAAAGACAGCUUGGUGUCUUUGGAGACAUCCUGCUUUCAGUCAGCUACUACAAGCACCCCAAUAUCAGUUAUUCUUCACAGAAUGGCUGGCAAUUGAAUCUCAAGUGGAAAGAAGUAAAGACGCGUUGACUGACUCAGAACGACUGGAGUACCACCAGUGGGCAUGUCUGCACCUUUAUCUAACUGCUCCAGAUAAUGAGGGUGGCUGUGGAGGAAGCAUGAAAAGUAUUUUCUUUCAUCUCAUCCAUGCCAUCAUGGACCAGCAGUCCAGUGAGAAGAGUCAAAAAGAUCACACAAUCUCACAGAGAGGAACCUGUCUUCCAGAUAUCAUCUGCAUAUUACAGGAAGUGGUCUAUGAGAUGGAUCUGACCCCCCUUGCAGUUAGUCACCAAAGCAGAGCUGAUGUAUGUGAUUUCCUGUUUGAGUUGGCGUCUGAGAGGUUCUCCGGCUCACUGACUGAAGCUUCAGCACAACUCAGCUGUGAACACACACUAAACACAUGGAACAGAGUACUGCUGGCUCUCCCAUCAGUAAGUUUUAUUAAGGUGAAGGCUGAAGAAGGUAGGAGGCAUCUGGACUGUGACAAACUGAUCCAACAUGUCAACCAACAUCAGAGGAGUGUGUGUUUACCAGGCGGAUUGUUGUCCUGUCAUCUGACGUCACACUUCUUGAAAGGCAUUUUGUAUGCUAGUGCACGCUGCAGUCAUGUUGGUGAAGAAUUCUGCAAGAUCUGGUCUCUGAUCAGCCAGCAGUGUCCUCUGCUGCUGGUCUCCACAGUGUAUUGGUGGGACCGCAUGUCUGCAGCGGUGUUGUCGUUGUGGUGUCGUCUGAGUGAUGGAGCGACUCCACCAGAGCAGCUGCAGAUCAUUGCUAGCAGUCAACACUGGGCCCGCAGCUUAAUGGGGGGCCAGUUGCUGCAUGUCCCUUCAGCUCCUGCACUGCUGUUGGCCUCCAGCAUUUACGAAGGCCUGCAAGGCCAACAGGAUGUCCAUGCUGCUCUCAGCUUCCUGGAACCAGACAAGGACAUUAAACACAGAGAGGUUCUCGUCUUCCUGCUUUUCUUGUGUGUGAACAACUACCUGUCAGCCCUCCUUUAUCCUCAAGAAAAAUGUCAUCAGAAAGCUAUCAAGCUGUGCACUGAAGUCUUAAAAGUGGCGGUGGAUUGUACCGACUGGCUUCUCAUCUUUAAAUCAAAUGCUGCAGAAAAGGGAGUUUAUCAGAGUGUUACCAUGGUGACGUCCGACCGAUGUGAUCAACUAAUGCCGUGGGCUUUCUACAGUGUGUUGCUUGAGCAGAGCGCUGAAUUGCAUCACAAAGUUGUGCGUCGUCCAGACUUCCUCAGCGCAGCAGUGUGUUGUUACAUUGGCCUGCAGCAGAUCUUCCUUGAUGGAUUAGCCAUCAGUGACCCACCUGAAAGUCAGAUUCUGAGCCGCAGCAAACGCUUCCUGCUAUCGGCCAUCCCGCACACGCCGGCUUCUUCUUCAUCCUGCAGGCUGCUGACACAGCUGCAGACUCAGUGCGUGAACGUUGAUCCAGAGGUGGCAGCAGCUCUGUUUGCUCACCUGAACGCUCACACGCUCAUUACUGGGAUGGAGUUCCUCUGAGAAGAUCACAUAUUGUUUAUAAAUUCUAAACAGCUGACUUUUUUUGUCUACAUUUCCAAUAAAAGUGAUUUUUUUUUUGUAAAAUACUAAUGUUUAAAAUGUGUGAUGUUACAUAUUGUUUAUGAUAAACGGAUUCCUUAUU